UGGUGCGCCCUUUUAAGCCGACGCUGUGCGCGCCGUGUUGCAGCGGCGGGCUGAGCAACCUGCUGUUCGAGGUGGCGCUGCCGGCGGCGAUGGCAGGGGCAGGGGCGGAGGCGCCGGCGCGGGUGCUGCUGCGGCUGUAUGGGCAGCUGCCGCCGUGCGGCGCCGAGUGCGUGCGCGACGGCAUCGUGACGGAGGCCGUCGUCUUCACGCUGCUCUCCGAGAGCCAGCGCGGCCCGCGCCUGCUCGGCGUCUUCCCCGGCGGCCGCCUCGAGGAGUACAUCCCGGCACGACCUUUACUGACAAAGGAAUUGAGCGAUUCUAAGCUCAGCAGGUUGAUUGCUGAGAAAAUGGCUCAAAUUCACUUGAUGAAUGUACCAAUCAACAAAGAGCCUCAUUGGUGGAUGAACACAAUCAACACUUUUAUGGGAAAAGAUCAAAUACCAUCAGAGUUUCAAAGUAUGUGCAAAAAAUUGUUGUUUUAUGAACUGAAGGAGGAACUCUCUUGGUUGAAGCAAUUCCUUAUUGCUGUUAAGUCUCCUGUAGUUUUCUGUCAUAAUGAUGUGCAGGAGGGAAACAUUCUCCUCAGAAAUGGUGAUAAUAAUGACAGCAGUGAGCAAAUUUCCCAAACUGAUGAUCAGCUUGCAGAAAGUGAACAUCAAUUGGUUGUAAUAGAUUUUGAGUACUGUGCUUACAAUUAUCGUGGCUUUGACUUUGCCAACCAUAUGUGUGAAUGGAUGUAUGAUUACAGUAAUGCUGAACAUCCCUACUUUUGGGCUCGUCCUGAAAAUUACCCAACUAAGGAACAACAAGAGCAGUUUUUUGAAUCUUACUUAAAUACAAUACAGCAAGAACAACAAGUAAUAAAUGAUUGUGUGGCUAACUCCUGUGAUGAAAUAGAAAAAAUGAUGUGGGAAACAAAAGCUUUUACCCUUGCUUCACAUUUUUUCUGGGGUCUUUGGAGUGUUGUCAAUGCCACUGUUUCCAAAAUAACAUUUGAUUACUGGGCAUAUGGAGAAAACCGUUUUGAAGCUUACUUCAAACACAAGUCGCUCAUAUUACCUAAUGAAGACUGUACUGAUGUUAGUUCACAGUAGCUAAUGUCAAUUUUAUCUUUUCUGCUUCAUUCCAUGCUCAUCACAAUUGAAGUGGUCCUACUAGACUAAGUUUUUUAUCUUAUUUUUUGUUAAUUUUUUAAUGUGGAGUGCCUCUGUGAACAUUGUUUUGAUAAAUACUGUACAUUAGUGUAUUUUCUAAAGGUAUCAUAUAUUGUUAUGAUAUGAGAGCACUGUAGGAAAAGUACUCAAUUGUGACAGGGUGAGGUAGCACAAAUGAAUCAUUUACAAUUUCAAGAUGGUGGUUCAUACAUGUGCCUUCCAGUAUAAAAGCUAAACAUUAAGAGGUAUAAGUUAUCAAAUUUGUAUAUUAAAUCCUCAAAGGCAGCAAUGAGCAUAAUAUUUUCAUAAAUUGUGUAACAUAUUUCAUUGACAUAUGAAAGAUAAAUAAUGUCUACUUUCCAAAGGGAUAGACCCACAAAGAUUUGCAGGAUAAAGAUGAGAAAUGCUCUGUAGGAAAAUAAAUAUGUCAUUUUCUUCUCUAUUUUAAAAGAUUUCUAUGAAGGCUGUUACUUAAUUUUUUGUUUGUUGCUAUUUUACAAUUGAUGUUUAGAUAUUUGAGAAUGUAAUAUAUAGUCACAUGUGACAUUAGGCAAUCAAAAAUGUCUAUUAAUUAUUUUAAAAUUAAAAUAAAAUAUUUAGAAAUACAUCUACUUAUUUAAAAUAACCAAUGGACAUUCUUCAUGUCUAAAAUACUAGGGACAAUCUUUUAUAUGUACUUUUUCUUGAAGAAUAUUUUUUUCUAUAAUAGUAUUUUAUUUCAAUAUUUUUAAAUAUACAUAGAAGUCUUUUUUCUUUGUAUUUUUAUCUCCUUUCAUUAUAAAUUGCAGAAAUGUAGUUUAAUCUGUUCUCUUCCUCAAUGAGACACUCUUAAAAGUGCCCCUUCGAUUAAUAAUUCUCAGUCAAACAAGAAACUUGUCUAUUAAUUUAAGUUUUGAGACACUGUAAUAUAUACCUUGAUAAUUAUUUAAUUAGUUAAGUAAUUAUCAUGUAUAAAUUUACUUAUCCGUUAUUUAUUUUAUUAAUUACUUUUUUUAAAUAAAUUUAUAAUAAAAUUGUUGGGACUUGAAUCAUUGCCUUGGCAAAGAGUUCAUCAGAUUUUCACCACUUGAAAUAAACUUGAUUUUGUAAAACAUUAUUAAUAUUUCAUUUAAUUUGUUAAUUUCAUUUUUAUGUUAUUCAGAACACAAAAACAGUAAUAAAAAUUGUCAAUACCAUAUUUAUUGGCAUCUAGGCUGAAUAAUAUACUACAUAUGAAUUCUUGAUGAAUACUUUCAUAAAAUGUAUGACUUUGAUUAUUCUGAUAUUCAUGGUAAUUUUUCAUAUGAAAGUAAAUGAUAUCAUACAAAAAUUACCUCUUCAGCAAAAUAAUUUAUAUUUUGACAAUGAAGUUUUUAUAUUUUGAUUAUAAUUGUAAAUAAUUUAUUGACAUCUUUACUUCUUAAGUGAUCAAUCCUUUUAAGUACCUGUAAAUAUGCAACACAUUUGUUAUUGAGAAUUCAUCAAUAAUUUCUUUAUCUCAUCUAAGAACUUUCGGGGGAUAUUUGUUUUGAUAUUCAGAAAAGAUCUCCUUUCAUUUUUUGACUUAUGAAUUCAACUUUGUGAAUCAUACAUUAAACUAAAGUAGUUCAAAAUUAAAUUAUAAUUGACAUUUCCUUUAUAAUGAAUUCUUUGAUGAAAUUUAUAAUUAUUGAUGUUGCUUGUAUUAUAAAUAUCAAAUAAUAACACUGUAAGCUAUUCACAAUGUGUUGUUCCUUUUUCAAAUACUUAAAUUAUUCAUGACCUUGAUGCUUUUGAAGAAUAAGUUUGAUUAGUAAUUGCAUCAAUAAUUUUCUAAACAUAAAGUAGUGAUGGAUAGAAUUUAAAGGGCUCAUGAGCAGAUAGUCAUUCCAUUUUAGAUUGGAAUUGUGUUUUGAGACAAAAUGUCACAUCCCCUGACUAAACUCAGACCCCCAUAAGAAAUCUAUGACAAACUUUAUUGAAUCUCAGCCAUUUUUUGUCAAAAUCAAAUACUACUUAUUUACAAAGACACAGAGGUUGAGAGCUGUAUAGGUGGUCUCACUUGGUACCAAAAUGUGGCAUAUGAUGAUUCCAGGCCCUUCUGUAACAUUUUUUUAAAUUAAUUAUACAAAAGGGUGAAGGUGAUAUUUACAAAAGAAAUAUAUGUAUUUUAGCUGUAUAUUGACCUCUUCAUCAAUUUGUGUAGUAUAUAUGUAAUCUGGUAUGUGUCUGAUCAAUAAACUGUUUCAUGAGUAUUGCUAGACUCCAUAACUCAGACAGCAAGAGCAUCUGUCCAGGUCAAUGAACCCAGGUUGAGAUCAUGAUGGAGGCAAAUAUUACUCUCUCUCUCUCUCUCUCUGACAAUCCAUUUUCAAUAUUUUUUAUUGCUUAAAUAGAAUUUUUAAGCUUUUCAAUAUAAAUCCUCCUUUACAAUUUUUAAACUUUCUUCUUCUUCCUUUUUUUUCUUUCUUUCUCAUUCCAUUUGUAUAUGGCCUUGUUUUUCUUCAUUCAAAGUGUUUAACUUUUCAAUAAUUUACUUGUAUUUUUUUUUCAAUUUGCUAAAGGUCAUGAUUAGAUGAAAUAACUAAUUUUCUUUUUCUGCUGAUCAUUAUGAUAAAAUACCAUCCUUGAAUAAUUUUCUUUUCAUUUAAAACCACAGCCUCAAAAGUUAUUCAUUAUGAUCACUUCACAUGUCAAGAUUCCCCAACCUCUUUGAAGUAACA